AAAAAAAAAAAAGGGUACUAAAAAGAUUGAAAAUAUUAAUGGUGAAAUAAGAAAGAGAUUUUGAUCCACUGAUCGGGAAAGAGUCCCGACAGUUUUUUUUAACCAAGGUUUAGUAGAAACCUGGAGGUGCACUGAUGAGUCCACCUUAAAGAGAUUUCACUGUAAUCAUUAUAGUGUGUGGAAGAAUUAUUACUAGGUAAUAAGUUCUGAUCACUUUGUUUAAAAAAAAAAAAAUGUGAGAAUUUGACAGUAAUAAGACACCACACUGAAAUUGGUCACAUUAUUUUGGGUAUACUAACAUUGCUAGUUAACUGAUAUUCUUAACGGGUGUACUUUGGAGAUUAGUUGAAGACAUAAUUUAAAUCUCUUACUAAAUUUUUUUCUUUUAAUCUGCCAAAAUGGGUAGUGUUAACAGAAAAAAUCAAACAAAGGUUAAAUAUGAUAAUGUGGACCUGUCCGGUCCAAAAAUAAAUUUUAUGAGAGUAAACUAUGGUGAUUCAUCUGUGAAACAAAUAAAAAUCUGGAUUACUGAAUGAGGCUUCCCGAGUACAGCAAGAUUCAGCAUCAGACGGCUAAAUCAACUGAGAGAAAGACUGCAGGAGAAGGAAAAAGAGACUGAGGAUAAAAAAGGCAAGAGUAAGUUCAUAGCAGAUUGGAAAGCUUUUAGUUUAUGGAUGAAAAGAGCACAAAACAGGGACAGGAGAACACAGGCAAGGAUUCUGAACUCGACUGGGUGCCGCCCAGGAGACGCAUCAACCUGCCACAACAACAAGAUGAACUAGCAGCCCAAGCUCGUCAGACGCCUGAUCCACGGCCAAGAGCACCACCGCCAUAUAACUCUGACUUUCCCCCAUCUCCAGUUCCCCUCAUCUACCCUGAUACAUCUGGCUUAUGACAACUUUUGAUGAGGACACAGCAACAAAGAAUCAACAGGACAAAGCUGCCUCUCCCUCUCAUACCAGGUCUGGUCUGGUAUUCAAAGGAUCUCAAAAUCCAUUCAUCAUCCCCCCAUCUCCAGUGAGACCUGGCAGAGGGAAACAUGCACCGGAUCCUGAAUCUCCCCAUGAUGGAGGUAGCAGGUGCAGAUGGACAUGCAAUGUUAAUUCACAGACCAUGGAGUAUGGAGGAUGUUAAACAGGCCAUGACUCACCUUUCAUCACUAUCAGAUGGAGGUGGCGCGAAAUUUGCCGCUGAACUGAUUGUGUUUUGCAGAGAGUUCCGCCCAGCAACCUCUGAACUGAGACGGCUCCUGAUGGUAAAGAUGGGAAAUAAUUGGGCCAAGAUCUCAGCGGGAUAUCCAGAGAAUGAUGUGAGACUGGCUGACCCCGACUGGGCUCAUAACGACAACGUAGUCUAUAGAGUACACAUCACAGAUUUCUGUGAACGCAUCGAAGCAGCAUUCCCUGUGAGAUUGGACAUGAGCAAAAUAUCAUCAUGUAAACAAGAAGAUGAUGAGAGCAUUCACAACUACCUGACUGGUCUGACAGAAGUUCACAACACACACAGCGGCCUGACACCUCCAGCUGACCUAAAUAAUAAUGCUGUUACAGCAUGGGAAGCACAUUUGAGAAAAAGCUUCCUGAAUGGACUGAAACCUGAUAUUUCCAAUAUGGUGAAACGUAUAUGCAUCACCUGGGACUCAGGCAAAUUAAGCCUCAUUGAAGCACAUGCUGUGCACGCUGUGAAAAUCCUCAAAGAAAGCCAGAAGAGGAAAGGAGAAAAGAAAGAGAAAGAGAUGCACAUGGCUGCAUUGACUAUGUUCCAAGGACAUGCCAGAGGGUGCGGACGUGGCCGUGGCAGAGGUGGACCUAGAGGGGGCCGUGGAGGACAACGCAUGACUGAUCCAGAUGCUUGUUUUCACUGUGGCGAGAGAGGACACUGGGCCAAAGACUGCCCAAAGAAAAAUCCAACUUACAAGCACAAGGCCGAUUGGGGCGGCAGCUCAGGAGGGGGAGGAAUCAGCACCUUUGACCACACCGACGCACGAUGAGAGACAACCUACACAUCAGGAGGGUGAUUGCACCACACACACACACACAUACACACACGUAUGCACACACUGAUUGAUGAUGCUAUAGCUCAGUUAGAGAAGAAGCAGGAAACAGCAAACACACAGCCUGUAGGCACAUAUGCUAAAUACUCAACUGAUGCUUAUGCAGGCAUGCCGACACACACACUCCUUGUACAUGGUAAGCAUGUAACAUUUCUUGUUGAUUCUGAAGCAACACACUCUGUUAUUAGAGCUGACACUUUUUCAACACUUCCAGAGAUGAGCGGAAGAUGCGUGAAGUCUGUAGGGGCAUCAGGUGACACAAUUCUGGAAAAAUACACAACUCCAUUAUCAUGCACUGAUGAUGUUACUUGCUCUUCAAACGACUAUGACUCUUCGAUUACCUGAUCCAAGCCGACCUUUCACCCAGACUGUUGACAAAAAGGGAGGAUGCAUGAUUUCAGUGCUGCUCCAAGACCAUGGAGACAGACAGAGACCUGUAGCUUACUUCUCAACUAAACUUGACCCUGUAGCUGCAGGACUUCCUACAUGUCUGAGAGCUGUUGCGGCUGCAGAAAAAGCUGUAAUGGCUUCCAGAGACAUAGUGGGGUAUUCUGACCUAACUUUGCUCGUUCCACAUGCUGUUUCACUGAUUUUGCUCGAACAGAAAACAUCUCAUCUUUUUGCAGCAAGAUGGCUCCAUUACAACACUGUGUUGUUUGAAAUGCCUAACAUCACUGUGAAAAGAUGUAAUGUUCUUAAUCUUGUGACUCUUCUCCCCACAGAAGGUGAUAGAGAAAAACACAACUGUAUUGCCACAAUAACUGAAAUUUGUUCCCCCAGACCAGAUUUGUAAGAAACACCUUUGCAAAAUCCAGAUGUUGAACUGUUCGUGGAUGGAUCAGCAUCACGCAAUCCUGACACAGGAAGAAAUCAAGUUGGUUACUCUGUGGAUGACUCUGACACAGCCUGAGACUCAGACUGAGAAGACUCAGUGGAGAAACAGUGACUGUGUUUUCAAAGAUGGGGUGUGGUACGGCCCCAAUGACAAACCAUGUUUGCCAAAGUAUUUGUUUCCUUACUAUGCAAAGUUGAGUCAUGGGUUGGACCAUGCCUCAAGAGGAGGGAUGAUGGAUGCUAUUUCACAACACUGGUUCACAAAAGGUUUUACUAAAUAUGCCCAAAAAUGUUGUCAAUCAUGUGUUAUCUGUGCCACAAACAACAUUGGCAGAGGUAUUCAAACACCACAAGCUGCACGCCCUCCACCAGUAAAACCAUUUGAUCACUUACAGAUCGAUUUCAUUGAACUAACACUCAGUGAAGGAAAGAAAUAUUGUUUGGUAAUUGUUGACAUGUUUUCCAAGUGGAUUGAAGUUUUUUCCUACAGCAAAACAAGUGAAAGAAGCAGUACCAACUCAAGCCACAGGACCUCUUCUGUCCUGCAGGCUGGUGACUGGAUAGUGGUGAAAGACAUGAGAAGAAAGCCUUGGCACUCUAAGCAGUGGACGGGCCCAUUCCAGGUGCUGUUGACCACACAGACAACAGUAAAGGUCGCUGAAAGAGUCACCUGGAUCCAUGCCAGCCACUGCAAAAGAGUUCCACCUCCACCAGAGACGGAUCACUGAUCUCAGGUGACCAACACAAAGACAUCCACUCAUAGACCAGGAAGAAAAGUAGAAGUAAGAGUAUUGGCAUACUGUCCAACAAGAGCAGGCCAGGCUCCAACUAAGUGACAUGCUUAGUGAAUCUCAGUGUCACCAUUGUGGGAUCAACGAUGGAACCCGAAUGACGGCCAUGGCAUCAAUUCAGACAUCCUGGAUGGUGUGGUUUGUGAGGUUCAAUGUGUUUGUAUUUUGUGGCUGUUGUUUAAUCCUAUGUAUCAGAAGUUUGAUUGUCCGCACGGUUGAAAAAUCUGUCUCUCAUCAAAUGACUCGGCUAACUACUCCUGAUUGGAUUCCCCCAUACCAUAAUGUUUUAAAUCUUGACUGAGGUAACAUUACAGAUUUUUUUUAUCACUCUAUUAUGUUUCCUUAUUAUGUUGCCAUAUGUAAGGAUGAUUGUUUAUUACGGUUUAAUCUUGUGUAAUUUUUCCUUAAUAAGUGAUGAGGUAUGAUCAAAAGGAGGAAAAUGUAAUGGAAAAACCACACUUUGUAUCCUCUGCAUCACACAAACAGUUAUUGCAUUUUUCAUCAACUUAUAUUGUUUAACCUUGGAACAUGUAACCAUCUUUGCUCAUUAUUUUUGACACGGGAUCAGAGUACGGAGUAGCCUCAUCUUUGACAUGCUACAGUUCUUUUUUAAUGAGUUGGUAGCUUUGAUGACAUCCAGCACUGCACCCCACUCAAAUUCUAAUAUGUUUACCACACUCCUCGCCUAUAAAGAGUAUGUACACUUUGUAACUGACAUCAGUCUGCAGUUACACUCUGUUGUGACUGUAUGCUGAUCCCUUGCAAGGUUCUUCAUUAAAGGACAAAAAGACAA